GCUGCAGCCCCCGGGAGCCGGGGGAGCGCCUGGGCUGCGGGAGGAGCGGCGCCGUGGCGGGGGAAGGCAGAGCCGGGCCCGGCCUCUCCUCGGGCGCUCCCAUCUCCUGUUUCCAGUGGGACCAUCGCCCUGGCGAAUUCCGAGGGAAGGAGCGGGACGGCGUGUGGAUGUCCCUUCUGCAGACUCGUUAUCUAGAGAGUUCUUAAGUGAAUGCUGAAUGUGUUGUGAGUUCCCGCGGGUAAAGGCGCCUUUGUUGUGCCCAUAAUGGAUGAGGAGAGUCUGGAAGCGGCGAUCCAGACCUACAAUGCGCAGCUGGAGCAGGUGGAGCUGGCGCUGGGGGCCGGCCAGGACCCGUCGCAGCACUCGGACCUGGUGCAGCUGCAGGAGGAUCUGAAGCAGCUGAUAGAACUGACCGAGUCCAGCCUGGUGGCUGUGAAAAAGAGCAAACUCCUGUCCGCUCUGGACACAGAUGCCUCCUCCUCCUCCCCGGCAGGUCUCCCGGGGCAGGAUCCCAACCUGGAGAGCUCUGCCCAGGAUGAGGAAUACGCUGCUUUUAAGGAAGCCAUUGCUGGACUUGGAGCAGACGAGGAGCCUCCAGGGAAUAACAGCGAGAUCUCCUCGGAGAGAGGGGGAGAAACUGGUGAUAAAAACGAAUCCAAGUGCAGCGAAGAGGAGGAGGAGUCAGAGAGGGAGGAGGAGGAGGAGGAGGAGCUAAGUGGGAUGAAGGUUAAAGCCCCCUACUACAGCUCCUGGGGGACCCUGGAGUACCACAAUGCCAUGAUUGUGGGGACAGAGGAGCUGGAGGAUGGCAGUGCAGGGGUCAGGGUGCUCUACCUGUACCCGACCCACAAGUCCCUGAAGCCCUGCCCGUUCUUCCUGGACGACAAGUGCAGAUUUAAGGAGAACUGUCGGUUUUCCCAUGGCCAGGUGGUGUCUGUGGAGGAGCUCCAGCCUUUCCAGGAGCCCGACCUGAGCUCGCUGGGGGUGGGCUCAGCCUGCCUGGCAAAGCACAGUGAUGGGAUAUGGUACACGGCCAAAAUCACUGACGUGGACAGUGGCUACUACACAGUGAAGUUUGACUCCCUGCUGCUCAAGGAGGCUGUGCUGGAAGGGGACAGUGUCAUUCCCCCACUGAGAAGUGAAGAUGCUGCCGAGUCUGAUGAGUCUGACGAGGACAGUGUCGAUGAUUCUGGUUAUGCCAAAGUGAUAGAUUCAGGAGUUCCAGAGAACGGGGAAUGGACUCCUGCAUGCAGCUCCUCUUUCGGUGGCUGGGAAGCCCAUACUCGUGGCAUUGGCUCCAAACUGCUUGUUCAGAUGGGAUAUGAGUUUGGAAAAGGGUUAGGGAAGAAUUCUCAGGGCAGAGUGGAGCCAGUGCAGGCUGUGGUGCUUCCUCGAGGGAAGUCCCUGGACCAGUGUGCUGAGGUGCUUCAGAAGAAGAAGCAGGGGAAGCUGGACCCAGGCAAAUCGAGGAAAUGCCGAGCAAAGGGAAACAGCUCCGGACAGUCUGGCGGCCGGAAGCCCCCACGGAACGUGUUUGACUUUUUGAACGAGAAGCUGCGUGGGAAGAGCGCUGGGGACAAGGCUGGAGGGAUGGCACUGCCCCAGAGGAACAGCAAGGAGAUCUACCAUGCCAGCAAGAGCACCAGGAAAGCCCUGAGUGUCCACCUCUUCCAGACCGCAGAGAAGAUCGAGCAAACGCUGAGGGAUAUCAGGGGAAUCCAGCAGGCCCUGGAACGCAACACCGGGCGGCACAGCAUUGCUGCAGCCAAGCUGGAGGAGAAGCUGGCAAAUGCUCACAAGCAGCUGGGGCAACUGCAGGCCCAGGAAGCCAGGCUGCAGCGGGAGCAGAAGAAGGCAGACACCCACAAGAAGAUGACUGAGUUCUAGGUGCUGAGGAAGGCGUUGGACUGCAGGGAUUGUCCUUCUAGUGCUCCUGGCUUCAGAGCCUGGGUGAGCCAUCCUGCUCCUCUGGGCCUCAGGCUGCCCAGCCUGAAACUGGGUGGAAAAGGAGCAGUUUCUGGAUGCUUCUGAGCUUUGCUGGGACUGGGGGGGAGUACACAUCCGUCCAGCCCCAAAAGCAUUCCCUGAGCUGGGCCUUGGGUGAGGACUGGCUACACGAAAUAUGAUUCUCUGCUCUCUUGCACACUUUUUUUCUUCAGUUUUCCCUGCGGUAGCACCUCCAUCCAGAGUCUGUGGCUGCUCAGGUGAUAACACUGCUGGCUGCAAAGCAGCUGAGGGGGCUUGGACAGCCCCACAUCCUGCCAUGAGCUGUGGCUUCUGUCUGCAGCCCCCCCGACAAGCACAGGUGCAGGCAGAGUCCCGAGCACGGCCUGGCAAAGCAGAAAAGGCUUGUGCUGGGAGAAAACAUCUAAGGCACAGUGCUUCAGCUGCUCUCUGCCUUCUGGUUUUUACUAUGGGAUUUAUCUGAAGACUCCAUUUUUUGAGGGAGCAGUUCUUUGUAGCCUUAGUGUAAGGAAUAGACAGAAAACUGGCAGCUCAGAGGUGGGAACUAGCAGCCUCAAGGAUCAGAUUUCAGCAGUUUGCCUGUAAGAGUAUCCCAGGACAUGCUGUAGCCUAACUCAUUUGGCUUGGCAUGGAAGGCUGUGUGGUUCCACAAGUAGAGUGCCAACACUGGGGGAAUAAGCCAGCAGUGUAAUGGGAUUCCCAAACCCUAGGAACAACUCCACAGGGAGCCUUGUGAUUUUUGCCACCAUUAGUUGGGUUUUUCUGUCCAAGGUGGCUCACUGAACACAGGUUCUUUUCCUAAAAAACCUCAGGACCCAGGUCCAGGUUGGACUGGGCCCCGGAUGAGCACAAAGAGCAGAAUCUGUGUGUGCCCAGCGUGCAGCCCUCCAGUGGGAGAGCUUGGGGCUGGGCUGGGAGCAGGCCAGGCAAGCCAAGUGCCCUUCCCUGCACCAUGGAGAGUCUUUGGACAGGAAGGAUGUUCUCUCCCCUCUGUUACAUUCUGCGUUGUUGGCAGCCAAUCCUUGCCCCAGAGGAGAUGGUGGUUUCAUCAGACUGUUUCUGGUGGGAUUUGUGCAUUGUAAAGGCUUUUUUUAAAAAAAAAAAAAAAAAAAAUUGCAAUUCAUGCCAGUAUCUUAAGGACAGAGUUUUUUCUUAGUUUAAGAAACUGAUUUCCUUUUAUUCUGUGAGUCACUUUUCUCAUGAAAAGGUUUGCUCCUUUAGUACCCCCUUUUUUUUAUCUGUGCCUAAGAAGCCUGUAAAGCUGUCAGCCUGGGCAGGGCUGUGCCUGCUUGCAGGGCCAGGCUGCCAAACUAACCAGAAGAUCUGAGGCUGGAGAAGAUACGAUCAGAGCUGUUCAAGUCAUGAGGGAUUUCGCAUUGCUGCAGACACACCUCUGAAAACACAGCGAGACAGCAAAACCAAACAAGAUCUUCAGGAAACCUGUGGGAGUGGGUCUCUGCUCCUGAAGAGCACCUGGAUCAUGCUGUGGAUGUGGAACUGGCAGGGGCUGCCUUGGGCACUUCAGCAUCCAUCAGUUCCUGAUGGAAUUGGCUGUACUGUCCUCAUUGUUCUGAAUUUGUGUUCUCCAUGCACGGGGCUCAGUUCUAGGGUUUAACAAUGGCUGGCCAGAGCCCUUCCCUCAUAAGUGACUGUUUGUUUCCCACACUUGAGCGUUGAGUGGUGACAAGGGCUGAUGUGCCCAGCUUAGCAUGGGUGCUCGCUCAAGUGGCCCGUGACUGGGGAGCUGAGCUGGGCAGAGAAAUUUUUUGGGGUUGUUUUGUGCUCUGAGACUGUUUAACAUCAUCUUUUUAGGAACUGGGUGCAUUAGCCCCAUGUCUCAGCUCAGUGGCGUUGUGCCCUUCCUUGGGAUUUCCACAGCCUGCCUUGUCAGACUCCCAGUGGCUGCCACCUCCCACCCAACACAUCCACAUCCCUGAUGAAUAAAGUUGGUGUUUAUUUUCCCCUC